UUAUCUUCGUCUUCCACUGUUCCUCCCUAACCCCUACAUCAACUUCAUCGUCCAACUUUGCUCACUUGCAAUCCGUCUUCUUGGCGGCCCUUCUCUAGGUAGUACUACUCUAUAACACUUUUUCGCAUGUAAAGCUCCAUGCCUAGGAACCCUCUGUCUCGCCACGACACUUCCAAGACCACAACAAGUGCACGGCGCUUCGAGAUAUCCAACCCCGUCCCCUGUGACGCUGAGGGAACAGCUGCAAUAUCUCCUCUGCACGGACAUUCAUUCGGAACGGCCGCAGAAUUUGAUAGAACAAGUCUCUUCAAAGAACCGCCACCGCUGCCACCAUUGAACAUUCAGAAGUCUCGGCAACUCAAGGAAGAGCGCUGCGUACCCGAGGCACUUAAUCACGAAGUGUACGAACGCGACAUUUGGGGAGUCACAAAAGGGCGGAUUAGCUCACUUUUCGAUCGAACGAGGAGCAAGGAGCAGGAGCGGUAUUCGUCGUCUGAGUACUCCUCUUAUUCGCCGAAGUCACGUACUUAUCCUCGACAAGACACCGAUACGUGUGACCCACCAUCCUCCACUAAACUGAAUCUCACACCUUACUACAUAAUGGCCAUAAUCAGCGUCGUGGCAGUUGCAGCGCUUAUCGUUAGCAUCGCAGCCCUUGCCAAGGGGCUGCAUCUAGAAAAACCACAACUCCAAACGACCACGAGCGAUGUGCAAAGUGUGACUCUAACUCUGUGGCGAACCUUGUCGAUGACUAAAUCAGAUGAUGAUGCAACGAGCAUCAUGCCUGUCACAUCAUACCUCAGCCCCGUUCAGACGGCUGCACAGACCACAAGUUCUACCAAAUCGUCUAAGACUACAUCAAGAACGACAUCUCACUCACUUACUGUGAAUGGUGACAUCAAUCAUGAUAGUCGUCUAGUUCAGAGGGAGGAGGAACUCGUCCAUCCAAAUACCGAAUGCGAUUCAAUGCCACUUACCACAACGACUGCGAUCAGUGACACUCUUCGCCAGACCGACAUUCAGCCAACGCAAACUUCCACCAUCACUCAUUCGACACAGUCAAAUGCUGCAGUUCGGCGCUGGUAUGUCCCCUUUCAAUGGCCAACUAAGACGUUACCAGGGAUGGCCUCACGUACACAAACUUCCGCUACACGAACAUCUUCCAUCAACCGACGUCAAGCCCCUGGAAGGAAGCUGAUCUACUGGGAAGCCUAUUCUCAACUGCAGCUACAAGCCGCACAGCUUUGCUACGCUACAAAAGUAUAUCUUGACGCCGGACUUACUCCAUCCUUCGUUAAAAAUACAGAUGACGAUAGUAUGGCUAAGAUAGUGAAUGAGAAGUUAUGCACUAGGAUGGAUACGGAAUUUGCUUUGGUUAAUCAAGGAAAGGCCUGUGAGACGAAGAGUGAAUGGGAGAAUUUGAAGAAGGCUGUUGAAGAGUUGUGUAAGGCAGAGAAGAGUGGGAAGGUUGUGAUACAGAGUGUGGACUUGCUCUGUUCCAUAAAGGGUGUUCUGGAGGGCAAUGUUAACGAGUGUGAAGGAGCCGGGAACGGGACAUCAAGUAGCGCCGCCACAAGCACCGCGCGUACACAAAGUAUCACAACGCCAUCCAGUGUACUGCUGCCAUCCCCUUCGCCCCAUGUCCCGUCGCAAGAAAUUACGUCAUUCUCGCUGUUAUCGAGCGUAAUAGCUCCUUCUAGUCCACCCGUAACACCGUCAUCGGAUCAACGGCCAUUGAUCGCUGGAGCAGCCACUUGUACAACGCCCGUCUCUCAACUCACUUUCUCGGGCCCCGCGGCUUGGAGCACACCCAUCAUAACCAGCAUCUCUCCUUGGGUCGGUGCAUUUGAUUGGGUCGGUGCCAGCGCCCAUGGCAUAUCGCCUACAGCCGAACUCCCCUGCGGUUAUACCUCCCUCGCCCCUUCCCACGUCGUCGUCCCUGCAACCGUCCAAACCGGCGACAUAUCGCACUACUCUGAUCUAGAAGCCUUCUCUGCCGAUCCCGCAUGUCCAGAUACUGGUAAACUACAGCAUAACGAAGCAUUAGCCGCAAUCGGGUGGAAGCUGUUUGAUUUCGGCCGUGCUGGUACAAUCAAUGGAACCUCGGCGCUAUGUGGGAGGAAGAUCUUAGCGUGGUGUCAGAGGAAGGAUGGGACGAAGAAUGAGGUAAAUGUUUGGGUCAGGGAUAGGUGUGCGGGAUGUCGUCCCCAGGACUUGGAUGUCUUAACGGAUGUUUUUCCGUUUUGCACGAAUCCAGAUGUUGGGAGGGCGGCGGUUAGUUGGAGGUGGGUGGAGGAUGGGGAGACGAAAACGAAGUGAGGGUGUGUAGGCUUGGUAUUCCUUUGAGUCGUCCUCCCUUUUAUAUGUGUCUAGGUACUUUCCCAUCUUCUUUACUUUUGACCCAUAGCAGUAAGCAUUACUGGUAAAUUCAAUUGAUCAUAGGUAGUUUGUUUAACUACACUACCCUGUCUGGUUGUGA